CGUACAACAACGCUUCUGACGCAGAACGCACCCUCAAGCAACCUCAAGACAUUACUUUUUACUUUAGUUUAUUCCGCUCCGGCUCCAAAGAAAUAGAGUCUUUAAGAGUCUUUCGAAAAAAGUGUUGUUUUUGUGCGGUGACACAUAAGUUCAAAAAUAAGUUCAAAAACACCCAAAACGUUGUUUAGUUAAGAUUUGUUUUAUUCGGUUUGUGUUUUUUUGGACUUGGAUUACUCCCGUCCGCGUCCUAGUGAAGUGUUCUGUUACUGUUCCGUUGCAUAGGAAAAUAUACAUCAAUUAACGACGACACCUAAAAUAGACGAUUAUUUGAGUCAUAGGAUUUUCCCGCGCGUUAUUUUAAGUGAAUCGCGAUCUCGGCGCGCUGAUUUAGUGCGUUUGAAUGUUUGUGAAAAGGACGUGAAUUUGAACUUGUUUAAUAUAUGUGUGUUUUUUGGCACACGCUCAUUCAAUCAAACCGGAACCGCUCACCGAAAACGCCACAAUGUCGGAGCAGUGAGUUUAAGUGCUUCGUUUGUUUCAAAGAGAAAUGUCGCAAUUAGUCACAAUUCCAUCAGCAGUAUCUCCGGGCAACAGCCGCAUAAAGCACGUCGAAAUGUUUGGACAACCAGCCACAACUACACCACCCCUGACACAGACCUCAAAUGUGCUCACACCCACCUCGCCCUACCCGACUUUCCACUACACCGGCAACAACCACGUUAUGUACGGUCAGGAGCUGGUCACCUCACUUGACAUGAAGACUUUCUCAAGUCAGUAUUCGGACUUCGCCGAUCCGUUUCCGUCGUGUGCCGAAACCCCAAGUUCGGUGUUUAGUGACACAUGCACGCCCAGUGGGUAUAACACAAGUGACGUCGUCCUGCGGGAGGACGUUUUUCGCUUCGAACCGGAAGACAUAGAGCGACUGACCAAGACCUACCAGUACGGCGAGCAGACUUCGUCGUCGUCGGCCAUGUCCAAGACCACAACCGCGAGCAUAAACUUUGACAUCGAAUACUUUAAUUAUGAUGAGAUCAAUUGCCAAUCAAAGAACCAGUCCCCGUGCUCGUCGCCGCAGUUGACAGACCCUUGGAUGACGUUUAACCUGCGGGACUCGUACCCGGCCUCAGGAACAUCACCGAAAAUCGAAAACAACAAUUCUGGUUUCGCCUACAACUACCCCACUGCCUCUGAACAAUUGAGUCUGAAUCAGAACUCGCAACCGCAAUAUCAGAGUCCACGUACCGUAAAGGAGGAGACACCCUCCUUCGUGCUCGUCGAAGACGACAGCAGAACUAAUCGAGAAGAUAAAUUUAUUCUGCACUCGUUCCACAAAUUUCCAUCGAUGAAUGGUGCCGGUACGUUCGAGGCGUCAUCGUUGUCGUUGUCAUCCACGACCUCGACUUCGACUUCGACGUCGAUGUCGUCUUUAUCGACAAUGAAAUACUCCCCGACAUCGACGACACCUAGGACAGAACAACUACUGCACGUGGAAACAUUUGCCUAUGAUGAAUUGAUCUCCCCCCACCAGCAUGAACAUCAGCAUUCGAGCCAGCUUCAUCACCAGCACCACAGCUACAGCCCCAAAAGUGACGAAUGCAAUGAUUCGUAUGAACACCUGCCGGAGAACUACAACAGCAGCGAGCUGAUGAUGCAUGAGAAACCGAAUCGGGAGCACAAGGACAUCUGGACAAUCAGUGAAAUCAAGGGGGAGGACGAUCUCCAAGAGGUUGUCAUCAGCUCGUUUUCAUCCUCACCGCUGCAGCUACCGCCUCCUCUUCUGACGAAAACAUCGACGACGACGGCUACGACGACGACAUCAUCGUCGUCAUCAUCAACAACCUCAACCUCACUCUUCGAUGAUAAUAUUGUCAAUAGCGUCCUUGCUGUUUGUCCGGGCAAAGGUAGUGCUGGUCCGGACGAUGAUAAUGAUGCAGAUGAUGAUGGUAGAAAUGGAAAUGGAAGUGGAAGUCCUGUUGGCGAUGGUGGUCACGAUAUUGAUGAUGACGAUGAUGACGAUUCAGUGUUUAUGGAAAUCCAAGAAGAAACGCCUUACAAUUCAUCACUUGCAAGCAAAGCCGCCACCGCCGAUGUCCAUCACGAUGACGAUGGCCAACAAUCAACACCGUCAUCGCCAUCAUCAUCAACGGUCCUGAUGCAUCAAUUGGAAUGUCUAUGGACCGACUGCAAUGAGGUAUUUCCCAAUCAGGAGGAAUUUGUAGCGCACAUCGAGAAGCGGCAUGUCGAUGUGAAGAAGGGCGAGGACUUCUCUUGCUUCUGGGUGGACUGUCCGAGAAGGUAUAAGCCAUUUAAUGCCAGAUACAAACUGUUAAUACACAUGCGAGUUCAUAGUGGAGAGAAACCAAACAAAUGUCCGUUCUCUGGUUGCAAUAAGGCUUUUUCACGUUUAGAAAACUUGAAAAUUCACCAACGAUCUCAUACUGGCGAAAGACCAUAUGGAUGUCAGUAUAAGGGCUGCUUGAAGGCAUUUAGUAACAGCUCGGAUCGGGCGAAACAUCAAAGGACCCAUUACGAUACGAAACCAUAUGCCUGCCAAAUAGCCGGAUGUACAAAACGUUACACAGACCCAUCGAGUCUCCGUAAACAUGUAAAAAAUCACUCAAUCCGCAAUGGCAACAUCAACGGUCGGCGAAAAUCCUCUAGUUCGUCUAUAAAUAAUUCAACAUCAGCCACAUCGACAUCAUCAACAUCGUCGUCGUCGUCUGCAUCACGGCAACAAUUGUCGAAAAUCCGUCGCCAUUCCGAGUCAUCACUGAUGAUGGGCCAAACGAAAUUGGUGGUGACAACACCAACAACAACCGCGCACAACACAAAUUCCCUCACCGCCUCAAUGGUUUCAUCAAACAUUCAAUACAAUAAGCCGUCCAGUAAUCAGCACCUGAGCACCUUGCGUCAGCAACAGCCUCAAGCGGCCUACCAGAACCACCAUUACCAUCACCAUCGACUGGGAUCGGCACCGGCACCAGGACCGGGCCCACUGAUGCACACGUUACACGAAUCCGAUGAUUUUUUCCAAAGUGAUUACCUGCUGUUCGAGGAUGCAUUCACCACUGCUACAUCAGCAGCCGUGGGCAAGAAUAACAAAUCGUCCGCCUUGGCAAUGGCCAUUUCCGGAAGAUCCACCAAAACCGAAACGGAGCCCACAUUUAACAGCAAUGACAAUGGCAACCGCACUGUUUGUGCAUCGGCGGCGGCCAUUAGUGAACAUUACCCGUUGCCGCCGCCGUCAUCCUUCGGGAUCGAGAACAUUAAAUUACGCCCAACUUACAAUCAUCAUGAGAAGCACCAUCAUCGGUACGAAAAUGCUCCACCAAUAUCCUCGGACUCCAGCAUGACCAUUCUAAAUAGUCCCACGGCUUCGGCUGAUAGCAAUUCAAUGAACUUUAAUGAGCUGUCUAAUUGCAUUGUUACAAUCGAAAGUACUCGCACCGAGAAUUCGAUUGAUGGAUGCCAGUCCGCCGCCGCCUCCGGUUUCGUUAGGCUUCAUCCCCUCUCGUCAUCUCACAUGGUCGACGACGACGACGAUGCAAGUCCUUCGGCAAAUCCCAACCCCAACCAACCAUUAGCAGGAUGCAAUGCAAUGAUCAAACAUGAAACAGCCCUUACCGUCAUCGGUGGUGGUAGCGGCAGUGAGGCUGAAAGUGGGGACGUUGAAAUCGAAUGCAAUGAAUUCGUCUCAUUUGAAUAUGUCAAAAAGCUUUUGUCAGAUACAUUCGAUUAUAGUGAUUCCGAUGGACAGCAUCUGGAUGGCGGAAAUCUGUCAACUGAUACCAACAAUAGUGGCAGCGAAGCCGUUGACCAUGAUUUAGAGAGUAACUUCGAUAUGGAUUAUUUAAAUAGUUUCAUUUAAAAUCAAAAUAAAUUAAGUUUUCUAUUUUCAAAAUUACUAUCAAUUCAAAUAUGUGCAAUUUAAAAAAGAGAAUAAAACGGAGAAUCACAUCUAAAUUAACAAUUAACUUUAAGCUCGUCUUCCAAUUAUUUGUUUGUACAUUAUUUAAAAAAUUUGUCAAUCAUUCAUUUCCCAAACAAAAGAAAAGAAAAAAUUAUAUAAUUUUUGUUUUAAUUUAAGAAUAAUAUCUAUUGUAAAAGAUUUACACGUAUUUUUUAAUCUUCCAAGUUUUUUAAAUUAGUUUUAAACGUUUUCUUCAAAAGACAAUUUUUUAAGCUAUAAUUUCUAUGCAAAACAUCACUUAAUCGAUUUAAUUCGAUAUUCCUCU